AUGUCCGCAGAAGAAAUCAAACAAGAGCUCUAUGUAAGCCCAAAGGACACCAACGCGUUUAAACUGACAAAGAUCAGUGUAUACGAGGAUCGUCCCGCGGCUGUGGCUAUGGGGGCUGUUGGAAUUGGUGUACUUGCAUCAGUAAUUAUUUUUAUCGUCCUACUAGACUGCCAACAAAUGGUGAAGCUGUGUUCCAAAGAACAGAAAACUGCUACCAAAUGGAAAAGUACUGUUCCAAACAACAAAGGGACUUCCUGUUUAUCCUGCUUAGAAUGGGUUUCCUCCCUUGAUGGAAAAUACCGGAAACACUGUUACUGGUUUAACCGUAUCUCUUCAAGAACUGCCUUUGAAGCAGACGAGUACUGCGCUCAGUAUGGUGGCCGUUUGGCGCCCUACAUCGACAGCUACCAAUUUAAUUUUCUUCUCAAGCUUCGACCACCUACAGCAGUAGAAACAUAUAUUGGAACUAUGGACGUUAUCAAAGAGGACACGUGGGUAAAUUUUGAUGGUAGUAGUAUCCCUGGAAAUGAAUUUUUAUUCACAAUGACAAAUUAUCCAGUGAGCCAACCAAAUGGCGACACAGACCAAAACUGUGCUGUAAUUAAUUCCAAAUCGCAUGGUGGAGUGUAUCACGACAAUCAAACACAAGACAAGGAGUGCUCCUUCACAACAACUGAUAUGCUGUGUUACAUGGAAGAUUGGACCCGUCAAUGUUUAUCUUGGAACUCCACAGCCGACCAGAAACACAGGCGUCACUGCUAUUGGAUGACGUCAAAGGCUGUCAAUCAGACCACGUGGUCUGUAAAAGACGCCAUGGACAAGUGUCGGUGUGAGGGUGGGCAGUUAUCUCCCGUUAUAGAUGAUAGCCAGUUCUCAUUUAUAACGAACCUUAUAAGAUCUAUUGCCAACUCAACAGGUAUAAACACAGAGUUGUGGCUUGGUGUUCAUAACAUCAAAGGUACGCCUAGGAACUGGAAUAUUGAGCCUAUGGCGGCUGCAAUGAUGACCGCUCCCUCGGGAGAAUUGUGUUUUCUGACAUCGACCGAUGGAACCCAGUUAUGGAGACAGUGCAGCUUUACAGACCCCUCUUUUGUCUCUGGUGCCCUUUGUUUCAAAGAGGGAUUUGUAAGCAGUGCUAUCAGACCCAAGAGUUCAUUUAAUGGCAAUACUACCAUCACGUCUAUAGAAGAAAUAAUAAAAGAACUCCAUGUUAACCCAAGGGACACGAAUGCGUUUAAGCUGACAAAGAUAAGUGUAUACGAGGACCGUCCUGUAGCUGUGUGUAUGGGGGGCAUUGGUAUCGCGGUACUGACCUUGUUCUUUGUCUUCAUCGUCCUGUUAGACUGCCAGCGAUUGGAGAACCUCUGUUCCAAACAAAAGACAGCAGCAAUGGAAACUAAAAACUAACCUUUCUACAAACAUGUAUAU